AUGCCAUCCCCCACCGACCUAAUCGGAACCUGGACUCUCCUCUCCUUCGCCUUCUACACCUCCUCCUCCUGUACAUCCCUCCACAGCCACCCCCUCGGCCCGCACGCCCUAGGCCGCCUAACCUUCUCUUCGGAUGGCUACAUGAACGCAUUCCUCUCGAAUCCCGACAUCGCAACCCCUUUGUCCGUGCCCUGGAUGGCGGCGCCCGAGACGGACAUCGGGCGGGUGGCGCGCGUGCAAGCGGGCUAUUGUGGACGGUAUACGGUGUAUGAGGAGGGCGGAGAGAGCAGGUUUGCUACGGAGGUCGAGAUGGCGUUUGAUCCGGGGCUGGUGGGGAGGAGGAUGGUGAGGAGGUGGGGGGUUGAGGACGUGGAGGGCAGGAGGUGUUUGGUUUUGAGGCCUGUUGAGGGGUUUGUUUUGAGUGAUGGAGGACAGGCUUUUGCGGAGCUUAGAUGGGUGAAGGUGGAGCUGGAUAGUGAUGCUAAGUCGUGA